AUGGAGACAUACAUACAGAUCAUGAAGACGGCUUCGAGCCCCGCAGAUCCGAACGCGCCUUCCUUCCUCACUUCUUUGCCGCCAGAGAUGAGGAAUGCAAUCUACGAGGUUUUGUUCAAGCGCGAAGAGCCGGUGCUGGUACACAAUGCUCAUCAGUAUCACGCCCACGAGCCUUAUCGAGAUGAUCAGACCGAUAUGGAGGUCUACAUGACUGAAGUAACACUUUUCGAUCAGAUAUUCGAAGCUGAGAUAGGUGCUGACGCUGAAUUCCACCAUGAUCUUCAUGAGUCACUCCCGCUCCUACAUUCAUGCCGUCAAAUCUAUCAUGAAUGUGCCGGGGUGCUUUAUGGGUGCAACGAGUUCGUUGUAUCCCGCGCGCUCAAUCGCCAUGACCUCGACUUUGACGAGUUACACCCAAAUGGAUGGCUGUAUUCGCAGCUCGAGUAUGCGCCAAAAUGGCUGGAACAACUUGGGUCUCAAUGUUCACUCCUAAGGAAAGUCGUCAUCGAUGUGGACGCCCUAUGCCCAACGGGGUGCGAGGGUGCGAUGGAUGAUGUCGAUAUGCUACCACUGGCGAGGUUUCUAUGGUACCAUGCCAAUAGAGAUUGCACCUUGGAGUUCGCACAUACUGGUCGCAUGUUGCCCAUGCACGAUGGUGAGACCGCCCGAGACCACGAGGCAUCAGCAAAUACUUUCAACAACAUGCUAUCAGCUCUGGUCACACGCGAUACGUUGGGAAUAAAGAAGUACAGCUUGUCAAAGCACUACCUGGUAGAUAUGGAAGUUUCAGUUCGAAAGCGCAAGGGUGCGCUUACAUAUCGUGCCCGAGAUGGCUAUUACAGUCGCGUGGACGAGAUAUUGAUAUCGGACGAAGGUCGCACUUUGAUAUUCCAGGAAAGGACGCAGAACCAGAGCGUACUCUUGCAGUUACCUCAGAACAUACUACAUACCAUCAUCCGCUACGCGCAGUCUUCUCUUGGCCAUCUAGUGCUCGACGUGGACAAUCGUACGGCCUGCGGCAUCCCCUUCAACAUCUUCGAGGUGAACAGAGAACUACAGACAAACAUUUCUUUUACCAGACUACAGACUUACGAAAUCACCACGAACUUCAACCAAUUCGUCGCUAUCAAGGAUCUGGUACCGGACGAUACCCGAAACUCCAAGUUUCCCAAGCUCUUCCCUGAAAUUCUUUCCCAAAGCUCAACAUCUGCCCACAUAAAGAUCACGCUCAGAGUCAAUACUACCACAAGGACUACCCUGGAUCAAGUGCGUAUCGAUAUCAAAGGUCUGUUAUGCCUCAUUCGUCACGAACGCCUAGGACGAAAGAUAUCCAUCGAAAUAGCCCUAUCAUGCCCGAGAGACGGCGGUAUGCACGAGGAGGUCGUCAUGUUGUCUCUCCAGGACUUACAAAAGAGAGCGUUCCUACUUCUCUUUGACGUCUUGGCCGCCUUCGACCUCAACGACGAGGCCACAAUAGAUUCCCCCUCAAUCUGGAUCAAUGGAAAGGGAACCCUUCUGGAUGCGUCCUAUCCUGAGACUCGUUCAACUGCCAAAUUCUCGGUUGCAAAUCGUCAUGCUCGACUGAGCCAGGAAGAAGUCGAUACGAGAGGCUAUCGAAUGGGGGCCGCAGUGUGGAAUACGUGUGGAUACAUUCCGCGGUCCUUCAAACGGACAAAAGACCGCUAUCCCCUGUGGGCGCUGUGGAGGGAUCUCCAGCGAUGCCACUGGAGUGAUCAUCACGCCAGGCGCCCCCGAGUCCACUCUGAAUCAUCCCCAUUGUACGGUGACUCUGAAUAA